GGCUCGUCCUUAUCUCUGGUAGUAGGGGAACAACCAGUCUCAGUCGUGAGUAACAUUUCGUGGAGGAUAACCACAGACACUACAGGAUGCAGAAGGGUGAAAUCUAUGAAGAGUUCAACGAGAAGAGUGCCAAGUACCGGGAGUUGUCUAACAUACUUACAGAGAACGAACACCUACUGACGUGGACGGAUGGGGAGAGGAUUGUGGACGUAGGCUGUGGUCCAGGAGAUGUCACCACACACGUUAUCAAACCCUGGCUCCCGGCAGACUACAGUCUGCUGCUGGGAUUGGACAUCUCCCCUAAGAUGACUCAGCAUGGGCUGACUCAUCACGCUGAUGAUCGUGUGACAUUCGAUACCCUGGAUAUUGGUAGUGACAUCUCGCACUUUAUGUUGAACGACGAGUACUCUAAAGGAUUCGACAAGAUCAUCUCCUUCUAUGUCAUGAACUGGGUGCGAGAUCUACCGACAGGUGUAAAAAAUCUCUUCAAACUCCUAAAGCCAGGAGGCCAAGCUCUGCUGAUGUUUCCUGUCAACCGCAACUUUCAGAAGACAUACAGAAUUAUAAGUGACAGAGAAUCAUGGAGAGAGUAUUUCAAAAAUAUCACAAGAAAUAUAUCACCAUACUUGAAUGGAGAGGAACCUUGUACAGAAUUCCAAGAUAUCCUCAAAGAAUCAGGCUUUGAAAUUGUCAAAUGUGAGACCCACCAAAAACAUGAUGUUUUUGAUUCUGUCAGUGUUCUUAAGGAACUGAUAGAGUCUUUGGAUCAAUACAUCAGCUGUGUGCCCUCAGAGCUGAAGACAUCAUACCUUGAUGAAUGUGUUCAAGUGAUGACAGAGAUGAAAGCUUUGGAAAUAGUUGAUGGAAAGGCUUUAGUCAGUGUAACAAAAAUUGUCUCUGUUAUUAGAAAACCAACAGCAUAACUGAAAUGAAAAACUAUGUAAUUCAAUGUAAUUUGUGUUGAAUAAAAAACACAGUGCUUUAAUGAUUGUGUUAAAUAAAUUAAAUAUUUAUAAAAAUA